AUGGCCCACAGGACGGUGAACCCUUUAGAUUCGAGGGGUUGGAUUGUCAAGGACUUCUGCUACCCUGCUAAGUCGAGCAUGGAAGAUUUGCAGCAAAAGCACCGCAAGGAACAGCGUGACUUGCAGUCUCUGGUAACUCAAAAGAAAAAGAACGCUACUAAAAAGACGCGUAAGAGUGUUCUCGAUGAAUGUGUGCAACUCGAGAAGCAACUCAAGGAAAGACAAUCCAGUGAAUUGGCUCAAUUAAACGAUGAGAACACACUGAAUGACGACGCCAAUGUAGAGCUUGACGUGAUUCCAUCAAUUGAGAUAUCCACUCAAGACCCAACUAGUGACAUUGAGACAAAACUCGCCUCUGUCUCUGUUGCAACGAAUUCUGCUUCCAACGGCGAAUCAAAGAAACCAAACAGGCAAAAAGCACGUCUUGCUAGACGAGCUGCGGAACAAGAAGCUGCAACGAGACAGGCGGAGCAGGAAGCUGCUGAUCUGCCAAAUCUACGUGAAAAGGAGAUUCAGUCGAUGCGGAAGGCUUACGAAGCUAAAGGGCUUAUUGAGCACGAUAUCCGAUCUGACGGUCACUGCCUGUAUGCUGCUAUCGCGGAUCAGCUCCAAAAUACGGGCUUACAAUUGAAACCAAAAAUAACGCUUGAACUUGACAGUGCUAAGAAGCCUGACUAUGCCGUCACUCGACAGGUGGCAGCGGCAUAUAUUGCCCAGCAUUCCGAUGAUUUUGUACCAUUUCUCGAGCAGCCAUUAGACGAAUAUCUAAGGACUAUUCGAGAAACUGGUGAGUGGGGAGGCCAUCUGGAAAUCCUUGCUCUAGCCAGAGCAUACUCGGUUGAUAUUAAGGUACUCCAUGGAAAUGGUCACGUUGACACGAUCGAGAGUGGUACUAGCGAGGAUGAACCAUUGUGGCUUGCAUAUUAUCGCCAUAGCUACGGUCUCGGAGAGCACUACAACUCUUUGCGUAGGUCAAAAUGA